UUUUUGCCAUAUACAGAUAAGCAAAUAAUGUAUAUAUUUCAAAACAGAUUUUCACAAGCUAAUAUUGACCUAAAUGAAAAUUUAUUUGAAACAUCAGCUUUGGAAUUUUGCAGUAAAAAGGUAUCUGCUCUAAAUGGAGAUAUAAGGAUAGCAUUAGAUGCCUGUAGAAAAGCUCUUGAAAAAUUUGAUAUAACACCUGCAAAUAUUUUAACCGAAAAAUCAAAUAAUGCUCCUAAGCAUUUUGUGAAAAAGGUAACCAUGGAUGAAUUGAGCCAAAUUUUGCCAAAUAAAGACAUAAACCUAACUCAAUACAAAUGUAAUUUAUCUAUAAACCAAAAAAUAUUAUUGGCAUCACUGAUAAAGCUCAUAAAAGGCAAUAAUGACAAUCAUGAUGUUUUGAUGAAUAAGGCUUACAAAAAUUACACCAUAAUAUGUGGCAAAAAGAAAUUAACAAAAAUGAGUUAUCUCGAUUUUUUAACUUCAUGUGAAUUAUUAGAAGACCAAAAAUUGCUCCAAAUUACUAGAUUAUUCAAUGGAUUGACUAAAAAAAUUCAGAUUAAAGGUACAGUUAAAGAUAUCGAAAAAGGUCUUCAGGAUCAAGGAUUAUUAUCUAAUAUAAUGCAAUAAAUUUAUCUUAUAUUAAUAGAUUAUAUUUGAUUUUGUAGAAUUUUAAUAUACUCAUUGUAAAUAAGAAUAAGAACUAUUUAUAUAUUAUCAAGAAUUUGAAUAAAAUAUUUUAUUCCUCA